CUGGCUUGUAUGGCUUCUAUGGCUUCUAUGGGUGCAGCAUAGUAAAAAGUGGAUGUGGACCCCCGGAAUAUGAGUCCGACGUUAGCCUUGCCAAAAUGUCCCGCGGGGUCGUCAUAUACAUAAAUUUCCACUCCGGCCUCGCCCUCCAUUCCUCCCUCUUCAUUCUCUCUUUUAUUCUCCCUCCUCCCUCCCUCACCCAUCUCUUACCAUGCCUUCUCAAGCAAGCAUGGUUAAACAGACUGCCAACUCUGAAAGACGGUUCGUGCCAAAUUCUGCGCCCGUCACUCCCGCAGAAAUCUCGCCCGUACCAACUCCCAAUGGGGUGCCCGAAGGCAAAUUGAAGAACGAUGAGUCCAGCAAGAGACGCCGCCGUCGCAAGGCCAGGAAGCGCCGCAACAGCAUUGGCAAAGCCCCAAGAGACCCCAGAGAUGCAGUAUCGCCACCUGAGGAGCUCGAAUCCGAGACCAGAUCUCCAAGUCCGGGCAUUGAUUUCGUGGGAUUGAGCAAGCCCAGUAUUGGAACGGUGGCACGCUUGGAGGAAUCACCAGAGAAGGCAUUGGAGCGCCAGGCAAAGAUUGCGGGUGCCGUCCGUACUAUUCUCGAGUGCAUCGGUGAGGACCCGAAUCGCGAGGGCCUGCUCGGGACGCCGGAUCGAUAUGCGAAGGCCAUGCUGUUCUUCACGAAGGGGUACCAGGAGAACAUCAAGACGAUUGUCAAUGAUGCGGUUUUCAACGAGGGGCACAACGAGUUUGUCAUUGUGAAGGACAUUGAAGUCUUCUCUCUCUGCGAGCACCACCUGGUGCCUUUCACAGGCAAGAUGCACAUUGGUUAUAUUCCCGACAGGGACGUUAUUGGCAUUUCGAAGCUCCCCCGUAUCGCCGACAUGUUCUCCCGCAGGCUACAAGUCCAAGAGCGCCUGACCAAGGACGUCGCGCACGCAAUUAUGGACAUCCUGAAGCCACAAGGAGUAGCAGUAGUGAUGGAGAGCAGCCAUUUAUGCAUGGUUAUGAGAGGCGUCGAGAAGACCUCCGCAACCACAAUCACCAGCUGCGUCCUCGGCUGCGUCGAGAAGCGCGAGAAGACGAGGAACGAGUUCUUCAGCCUCCUCGGCCUGAACAGGCGGUAAUAUGUUCUUCACAUGUAUUUGAGAGGCCCAUUUAGAUUCGGAGGGCGGGGCGGGGC